GGGUCUUCGUGGACGGACACAGUCAGUCUCUCAUGAUUUUCAUUAUUACUUACAUUUAUUAUGAUCUACCUGGGGAACAGAUAAAAUGGCAAAUAUUGUGCACCUGCCUCUCAUUUGGAUUCUCUGUGUUCUUACAAGCUGCUUCAGUGAAUAUUAUUGCCCAAAGGGUGCAAAAAUUGACCGUGAUGGUUUGCGCUGUUACUGGAUGCCCGCAUUUACGUCAGCAUGGCUGGAAGCAAGAAGCAUCUGUCAGAGAGAUGAGAGAGGAGACCUUGCUAUGGUGGACAGUGUGAAUGUUCAGACCUUCAUACAAAAUUCAUUUCAACUGUAAGAGAUCACAAGAUUUUACAUGGUUUUGCAGGCCUGUUUUUUUUCCCAACAGAAAUAUUUAAAAAUAUAUUAUUUAGAGAUUAUAGUCUCAAACACAGAGCACUGCAACUUUUUCAAUGGCUGAUCCUGUAUUUGCUUUAACACUGUGUAAAUUCCAGAGAAGCUCCAAUUGGGGUCUGGUUGAGAAAUGGAAUGGAACAGGGUUGGUUCGAUGAUUUAGAUACUGAAGGCAGUGAGAUGAAGGAAUGUACUUCAAUGGCUCUGGACAAUGGACAAUGGACGAAUGAAAUAUGUAAUAAGGGAAAUUUCAUCAUCUGUGAGAAAAAGAUAUCAGUGUCUUUGCCAUCACUGGAGAGCUACGUGACAGGUGUGCCACUAAUGUCAGGCAUAUACACAGUGUCCCAGAUACAACUGCUACCCUUUCCACCAGACCCAGGACCACACAUGGUUGAGAUUAUGUUGUUCCCAGGUCUUUGGUUCAGCCAUGAGGGUCAAGUGCUGUCUUUGGAUUUGGUGAUGCAGCCAAGUGAUCAGCUGACCUUUGCUAGAGUGCAAAUCUUACGGCCGUUUUGCAGCCCAAGUCAUCAUCUAGUACCACCCGGUUGUAGUUCUCUCCUGAACCCUUUCAGCUGCUGUUCACCGAUGCCCAUGUGUAACACUACUGGUGGCUGUGUCAGUGGGCAGUACUGGUGUCACCUGCUGGAGAUCUGUCUGCCUGUCACCAGUCCGUGCAACCCUUACCACUCCUUUAACGGGGGACAUGUAUUCCCUCUGCCUCCCCGAUACCCUGCGACACCACCGUUCUUCCACUUGAUGGCAGACAUGUCACUGACACUGCCACCAAGCACUGAACUCACACACAUCAGUGUUAUAGUACAAGACAAACAUAUCACUGUCUAUCCUGAUGAUAUUCUGGCAUUGCAACACACUAGAAGAGCAGGUGAAUUUCUACAUUGUGUUGCCAGUACCAGCUCAGUCUGGCGCCAGACUUACCUCUCCCUUCAUGGGCCUGAGUGGGGGGGCUGGUUAGAGGGGACCCUGUCUGCCCAAUUGGGACAGGGCCAAUGGCUAGAUGGACUGGUCUGUGACCUACGGGUGAUUUAUGAGGACACAGUGCCACACUAUGGAGUUUCACCAAUACCAAACACCUCACAGAGCAACAGUCCAAUCAAAGCAGAGAGUCCUGUCACAGGGUUGCAAGUUUUACAUCCAAAGCUUGACCAAGGCAACCAAAUGCAUGUUGCUGUCAAUAUCCCAACUCUCAUUGUCAUCCAGAUCAUUUCAGGAGGAAAUGCAACCAGUUCCUGGUCGGACCCUGUGUCUAAGAAUGGAGUCCCUUUUGAACCCUCUUGCCCUGCUGAGAUGCCUGAGAUUGAAGGAGGAUGUGUUAGGGCUACUCUUGGCACGUGGUUUUCUCAUGUGUACAUGGAGCUUUCUAGUCAAGGGGAACAUACACUAAACAUCAUGGCUUCAAACAGCUUGAACUCCCAGACUCUGAGUGUGAGAGUUGUGUCUCAUAUUCCUGUCACUGGGCUGAGCAUCCAGCCUCAGGGCUUCAGCAGAGUUCUAGUCGACAUACCACAGGUUGUUGAAGCUGUCUCGGAUCUCCAGUUAAAUUACAAUAGCUCCAUUGAACUGAACUCCACCUUUGAAAUCAGUGGCAGAGUGUGUGCAGGCACACAUCUAAAAUGGACCUUUGAAUUUGGAGAUGGUUCAAUACUAAAAGAUCUCACUGGAAGCUCAGCCUCUCACAUUUACAAGUCUCCUGGAAAUUACACCAUUCAGGUUUCUGCUUAUAAUCCUGUAAGUAAAGAACAACGGUUAGUCAAUGUGGAAGUCUAUCGUUUGCUAAUUAGUAAAAUUAUCCCAACAGACUGCAUUUUGAGUCAAGUGGAGACUGAUUUUGAGGUGUUAGUCAAAGGCUUCGUUCCUUUUUUAACUUUUCACUGGGAUUUUGGAGAUGACACACCAUUGUCUGUUGUUAAAGGAGCUACAACUAUCACUCAUACUUUUCUAAGUUCAGGGACUUACACAGUUGGUGUAAAUGCUCAUAGCCUUGUGGAUUCGGUACAUUAUGAAACCAGCAUAUGUGUUGAGGCUCAAAUAACAGAUGUUACCCUGCAUUCAGCCAAGAGUGCUGUAGCGGUGAGUGAGGAAAUAUGCUUUGAUGUUUCCGUGCUUCCCAAAGUAACAGAUUAUCUGUUUUGGUGGUAUAACAACCUUUCUAGUGAUAUAGUUCCAGUCAAAGGCCAAUCCCACCAUUGCUUUGUUUUUCAAGAGGAGGGCUUGUAUGAAAUUUCAGUGCAGGUACAUAACAAAGUCAGCAACGGAACAGCAAAAGCAACCAUUUUAGUUCAAAGGCCUGUAUCUAAUCUAUCCAUAAAAUAUGAAGGCAACCAUGAUGCAAUGGCUGUGAAUCAGUCCUAUUACUUUUGGGUUGAGCUUCCUGGUAAAACAGCUUCUUUUCAGUGGAACUUUGGAGAUGGCUACAAAAAGGAGGGCCAAAAUCAAUCACACGUUUUCAGUUUUCCAGGGCAUUUUUGUGUGAUUGCCACAGCAUCUAAUGCUAUAAGUUCAAGUUCGGUGUCCAUAGAGAUUGAGGUGCAGGCACCUCUGUCAUUCUUAAUGGUUAAUACCAGUCAGCCAUUUGUGGAGGCAGGAAAAGAGACACCGAUAAUAGCUCAGACUGAUGUUAAUGAAAAUGUUGCGUUUUACUGGACUGUGGAUUCUUCAUCACCUCCAAAGCCUGGUACGUCUACGUACACAUAUGUGUUUCCAAAAGCAGGAAUGUUUCGGAUAAAAGUUGUGGCACAAAAUCUUGUCAGUCGAGUAGAAACCAUAGCACACAUUGAGGUUGUAGAGAGAAUACAUGGAGUUCGAAUUCAAUGUCAGGAGCUGCGUGCUGCAAGAUAUGUCCUGACAAAUCAGGCCGUAGUAUUGACGGCAUCAGUGACACGUGGUUCUAACUUGACAUAUGAGUGGACUGCAAACCAAAGUUGGAUUAACAGAACUGUAAGUAAUCACAAACAGUUUCCACUUGUUGCAAACAGCCCUGGUGAUAUACACAUCAGACUGGUAGUAUCCAAUGCCCUUGGAUCAGUAGAUAGUGAACUUUCACUGAGAGCAGUAGAGCUUGUGUCUGGAUUGAGUAUUUCAUCGCCAAUGAAUGCUGUAGCUAAAGGAAAGCCAGUGAGGAUAUCUGUGAGUGUUGCAUCUGGAACUGACCUUCACUACUCAUGGUUCUUGGACUCUGAGCGCAGUCCUGUAAUAUCAGAUGUGCCUUUUGUGUUGCAUGUUUUUAAAGUUAUCGGUGUGGUCAAUAUCAGAGUAUCAGUCACGAAUGUGUUUGGGUCUGAUGAUGCAACCAAGCAACUAAUAAUUCAGGAAGACAUCUCUAAAGUGGAUAUUCAGAUAAAUGGACGAAUCAGACCAUUUUUUGUAACUUCAAAUAGCCUUGUGUUUUUCCAUGGCUCUGCAGGAACAGGAAACGUCCUGCACUGGGAAUGGGUUUUAACGUUUCACAACAACACUGUUACUGUUCUUGCUGACAAUCAAACUGUUAGCUAUUCUUUCGUGGAAGUCGCUGAUCACCGGAUCUCACUUAACGCCUCAAACGACAUUAGCUGGCAAACUGUAUCAUACACUCUUGUGGUUCAGGACGCCAUCCAAGGACUUUUACUUACGGUUAGCAGUGAUGUUGUUUGUGAGGACGACAUGGUUACUUUCACACCAUCUAUCUCCCGAGGAAGUGAAGUUUCCUUUUCUUUGGAGUUUGUUAAUUCAAGUUAUUCCGUGGAUAUUCGGCAGAAUUUUACAACCUCUUCUCUUUCAGUCGGAAACCACCUGGUAAGAAUAAAAGCAAAAAAUAAUGUCAGUUACCAAACUGCAACAGUGAUUGUGAGAGUCGUGGAAAGAAUUAAAGGUUUGCAUUUGAUCGGAUGUUGCUCUGCUGUCCUAGAGGCAUCCAAAAACAUCAGUUUUCAAGCAUCCAGUGACUCACAAGCCAAUUACCACUGGACUUUCCUAUUAAAUGAAGUCCAGUCCUCUCAGGAAUUCGGGCAAAAUGUUCACUUCACACCUUUUACUAAUGGAUCCCUGUCUGUUACAGUGGAAGCUGAUAAUGGCUUCUGCUCACAGUCCCUGACCAGUAUAGCAACAAUACAGAAGUAUGUGAAGGAAGUGAAGAUUUUUACCUCCCAUGAUGGAGCUUUUAUUGACUAUCCGGUCACUUUUGUAGCCAUGACAGAUGGAGGCAGCAACCUUAAAUUCAUUUGGGAUUUCGGUGAUGCCAGUGAAGGAGCCCUGGUUACAGAAUCCAAUAGACAAAUCCACAAAUUCAAUACUACUGGUGAAUUUGUGGUGAAAUUAACAGCUUUCAACAACAUAAGUGAGGUCUCCACUCAAAUGACAAUUAAAGUACAAAAGCUGGAGUGUACCCAGCCACACGUCUACAUUGUAAAGGAACAAUAUAAAAUAUUAAAAUCCAGACCAAGUUUCUUUGAAGCACGAGUGGACUUUAAUGGUUGCUUUACAUACAAAGCAUCUUAUUUCUGGGAGAUCUUCAGAGGCCAAGAUUGCUCAGGAAUAGACAAGGUGUCCUUAAAUGAUUCAGUGGAUGUUACAACACCACUUCUUUAUCUGCCAAAGCACGCUCUAAAAGUGGGAAACUACUGUCUGACAUUUACCGCAAGACUUCAGGGAACUCCUCUACAGCAGAACAGGACCAUUAAGCUUACCGUGGUCCACAGUCAACUGGUGCCUGUGAUUGAAGGUGGUUCUCACAGGCUCUGGUCAACUCAGUAUGAUCUGAUACUGGAUGCAACGGAGUCUUUCGAUCCAGAUUCAGAGGAGAAUGAUAUUGAGUUGUUUCAGUUCCAGUGGAGUUACACUAUAGAGAACAGAACAGCAUUGUCUUCAGCCGUUUCCACCUUUCAUCAUCACAUUCCAGGAAAUGGCAGUAUGCAGCUUCUUCCCAGAAGUGCACUGCUGCCAGACAGAGUGUACCGCUUUUCUCUCACCUUUUACAAAAAUGGACGACAACCUGUCUCUAUAUCACAGUCGGUUAAAUUGUACAAUGUUGCAUUGCUGCCUGUGACUGUAAAGUGUGUCUCCUGUAUUUCACUGUUGCAAUUCCAAGUAAGUCACAGGCGCCACGUUGCCUUGGCUGGCCAUUGUUCUUCAUGUCAAGACACUGUACAGUACAGGUGGACUGCAGAGAAUCAGAUAGGUGAAGCUUUAACACUGAAUGAGGUCACUACCUCGACAGGAAGUCUCUGGAGAGAAAUAGUCAUUAAACCAGGAGCGCUAAUGGAGGGCCAAGAAUACACCUUUACUCUCAACAUGUCUGAGCCAGCCUCUGGGCUUUGGGGGUCGGCAAGCAUCACCUUAGUCCCCAACCAUCCUCCCUACGGGGGUAUUUGCACUCUGUCACCAGAAGACUCGCUUCAUUUCCUGGAAACUGUGGUCUCUUACAGUUGUUCAGGGUGGAUAGAUGAUGACGGUGACUCAGCUCAGCUGAUAUUUUCACUGCAGGUGGCACAGUGUGAAGAUUUUGGACCAUUAUGUCCCAUGAUUACCCUUUACAGAGGCACUCAGAGCACGUUUGGCUCCCUGGUGCCACUGGGUAGUCUGAAUACAGCGGAAAACAUAUCUAUUAUUCACAUGCUGGUGCUGGUAGAGGACAGUAUGGGGGCUUCAGUCAUUGCAGCGAGAAAGAAUCUGACAGUGCUGCUGUGUGACCAGUGUACAACGGAGUGGUUGAAGAAUAAGAGCCAAUCAGAGUUUGGGGCCUUACUCCAACAAGGAAACCCUCAGGACAUUAUCCAAUAUUCUAUUGCCUUGACCAGCCAACUCAACCAGCUAGCAUCCGUAAGUGCUCAUGAGUUGGAGGACAAGAUUCAGAUACGUGGCAAUGUGAUUCAGGCUCUUGCGUCUCUGCCGGUCUCCUCAUUCCAGGAUGUGGCUCUGAUCAGCUCAGCUUUGGCCCAGUCUACCGUGGUUUCCUCUGAAUGGCAGUGCGACGGCUGCUAUGCAAAGGUUCUGAAGGUCACAGAAAAGAUGAUCAAAGUGAUAAGAGAACAAACAGGACAGGGUGACAUCAACCCCACAGACACAGGCAGAAACAUCCUGGCUGUUUUAAGCAGCACACUAACUGCUGAUCAGAGGCAGAGGAGCAAUUCAGGCCUCAAGCAUGUGGAUACAUCAGAGACAGCUGUAUCAGCACUAAGCCAGAUUUUAGAGCUCACACGCUCAUUAAUGUUGUCGCGGAUGAGUGGGGAAGAAGCUCUUUCUCUCGCCGUUCCAAAGAUCAGUGUGGUGGGUGUACGGGGUGACCCUAGUAAAGACCUUCUGUGCACAGAUCCUCUCAUCCAUUGCCAGUUUCACAUCCCAUCAGCACUGAGCUCUCAACUAAAGGAGGAAAAACAAGAGGUCCUGCAAAUCCUUCUGCAAAUGGAGGAUGAAGAAAACCCAUUCAUUCCAGCUGCAGAACCUCCUAUAACGACUACUCUUGCAGCCAUGGAGUUUGCUACACCACAGGGGCAGCCCAUUUCGAUUGCCAACCUGACACUAGACACUGCGAUACAAAUUACUUUACACAAAAAAGCACAAGAGACAGAAGAUGAGAGGUUACUAUGGAAAAAUUUUACUCUGCUGCCCAAGGGAAGUGUAAAUUUCACAGUCAAAGCAAUGGACACAGAUCCUCAGACUGGCCUCUAUGUUGCCCUAAACUUCAGUCUCAUCCCAGGAGCUGGUGAGAAAGCCUCUGGAAUUGUAUGGAUCUAUGUAGAUGACCAACCAGUUCAUUCAGUGUCUGAACAAACUCAUUCCCAAGAACUCACCCUCUCUCUCUCAGCUGAGACUCGGUCACUGGAGCACACCAUCUUCCUUACACCACUGUAA